UUCACAGGAUGCGAGAUCUUUUUUUUCCUCAUCUCAUCUUUUUCCCAUCCUUCCAAAAUCUUUCCUAAAACCAAACGCAGCCUUAAUUUGGCAUCCCUACUCCGAACCCGAACUCCUCGUAUUCUGCCGAAAAGGCGAAGGCUCGGUAAUGUCUAACGUCUAGCAUGUAACUCGAAGUCUGGACUCUGGGACUGCUGCGGUGCUGCAGGCGCAAUCCAAAUCCGAAACGAAGAAGGUAAACUGCCACCUCCCGGCGACCGGUUACACCCAAGGAACAGGUGAUCAAGGGAUACAGUGUCAUGAUGAUUGAAAUUCUUGAGCCAGUUAACAAAACACAGUAGUUGUUAGUAAUGGUAUUGGUGCCUCAGCAAGAACAGAAGGACCUAUCUCAUAUUUUGGUUCCUGAUGGUUUAGGUCAAGGUUUAAAGUAUUGAUACUUAUCGUCUCUCUCUUGCGUUCUCACGUGCUCACGUGCUCACUUGCUUAUUUUCUGUUUCUUCAAUGGCGGAAGCUCCACAAGGCCUUCGAAUUCUUCUACACCAACAUCAGAAAGAGCGAGCACCUGUUCACAUUUCCAGUCAUGCUGAGAGGGAUCGAGUUCUUGAAAUAUUCAGAAGUGCAAUACUUCAACCUGGACCACCUGCAAAUUUUGCUCUCCAAACAGUGCAAGAUGCUAUAAAACCUCAGAGGCAAACAGUUUUAGUCCAAGAAGAGAAUCAAUCAUUGGAAAAUGCUAUCCGGACUUUACUUCAAGAACUGGUGUCUUCUGCAGUUCAGUCAGGGGAACGAAUAAUGCAGUAUGGGCAAUCAAUGGAUAUGGAGGAGACACAGGGUCAGAUACCAAGGCUUCUUGACGUUGUGCUGUAUCUUUGUGAGAGAGGCCAUGUUGAAGGUGGUAUGAUAUUCCAGCUGUUAGAAGAUCUGACAGAAAUGUCAACAAUGAGAGAUUGCAAAGAAGUAUUUGGUUAUAUAGAAAGUAAACAAGACAUCUUGGGGAAGCAAGAGCUAUUCGGUCGGGGGAAGCUUGUGAUGCUGAGGACAUGCAAUCAGCUUCUUCGUCGUCUUUCAAAGGCAAACGAUGUGGUGUUUUGUGGACGAAUUCUUAUGUUUUUGGCUCAUUUCUUCCCAUUAUCAGAACGUUCAGCUGUCAAUAUAAAGGGAGUUUUUAAUACCUCAAAUGAAACCAAAUAUGAAAAGGAUGCUCCUGAUGGCACUUCUAUUGAUUUCAAUUUUUACAAGACCUUUUGGAGUUUACAGGAGCAUUUUUGUAACCCUGCUGCCACAACUCUAGCUCCUACCAAGUGGCAGAAAUUUGUGUCCAACUUAAUGGUUGUAUUGGAUACAUUUGAGGGUCAGCCUUUGAGUGAUGAUGAUGGAAACACAAACAAUCUUGAAGAACAAGAAUCAUCAAAUUUCAGCAUAAAGUAUCUUACAAGCAGUAAAUUGAUGGGUUUAGAGUUGAAAGAUCCAAGUUUCCGACGCCACAUUCUCCUUCAAUGCCUUAUAUUGUUUGACUACUUAAAGGCCCCUGGGAAAAAUGAUAAGGAUGUACCAUCUGAAAGCAUGAAAGAGGAGAUCAAGUCUUGUGAAGAGCGUGUUAAGAAGCUUCUUGAAUUGAUUCCUCCUAAAGGGAAGGAGUUUCUAUACUGCAUUGAGCAUAUAUUAGAACGAGAAAAGAAUUGGUUUUGGUGGAAACGUGAUGGUUGCCCCCCAUUUGAAAAGCAACCAGCAGAAAAAAAAAUGGGCCAAGAUGGAUUGAGAAAACGUAGGCCACGGUGGAGGUUGGGAAAUAAAGAACUCCAUCACUUGUGGAAGUGGGCAGAAACGAACCCAGAUGCUCUGACUGAUUCUCAACGUGUUCGGAUCCCGCCAGUUAUGGAAUAUUGGAAACAUUUGGCUGAAGAUAUGGAUAUAUCUGCUGGUAUUGAAGCUGAAUAUCACCACAAGAACAACCGGGUCUAUUGCUGGAAAGGCCUCCGAUUUUCUGCUCGACAAGACCUUGAAGGAUUUUCCCGAUUUACUGAAUAUGGCAUUGAAGGGGUUGUGCCCCCAGAACUUCUUCCACCAGAAGUUCGCUCCAAGUAUCACACCAAACCUAAUGAAAGGUCUAAACGUGCUAAAAAGGAAGAAGAGAUGAAAGGUGCUGCUCAACAAGUGGAAGAUAAUCAGAUCACAACCCCUGCAACUGAUAUCGAUGGUGGAGUUGGAACUGAAUUUGAGGAUGCAGCAGCACCAAUGGAAACUGAUGCGACUGUUAUCCCUAACAGCGGAGCAGCAACACCAGAUGAGAAUCAGAAGCAGAGCCCUGACACAGAUGUAGUUCCGGAGGCAGGACAUUUGGAAGUAGAAGUGGAAGCAGAGGCUGAGACAGGGAUAGUAGAUGGAGAGACAGAUGCAGAGGCUGAUUGACUUGUUUUUUCUUAUUCCUCUGUUCCUUCUAUUUUGGUUUUUCCUUAUUCUGAUGAUUGACUUGUUUUACUUUCAUUCUGAUGAUUGACAUGUUUGUAUUUUCAUCAACCAUCUUGUUGUUCCUUUUCUUUGCAAAUAUGUAAAGUUAAAGGAGUUUUGAUACGUUAUUUGUCUUGGCUGUGUUAAGCUGAAAUUUCUUUUCUAGAGCUUUAGUUGCUAUUUGGCUUUUCCC